AUGCCCGUUUCGGCGACUAGCGUGCAGCUGCCGGCCGUGUAUCCUCUAGUCAACGUACUCCUGCCACUUUUGAAUAACGUUUACAACCUGCUUCUGUCACUGUUGUCAAUCUUUGACACCCUACCGCCGGCCGUAAGCUGCCUGAUACCCGUAGACUUGAGCGCUUUGGAGACGUCCCUGCUCAAGCUUUACUCCCAGGCGCUGGCCAUCAUCAACUUUUUACGGUCUCUGCCUGAGUAUGCCAUCGGCGCUAACCCAGACACUCCUUCAACUGGCGUGGCAAACAUGCAAGGGCUGCUCACCACCCUGGUUAAGACAAUCACGGACUUGGCGGACGAUGUUCUGGUGGGCAUCGGCGGGGCUCUGUUACCAGGUCUUCUACAGCUGGUUGUCAUGGUCGUACAGGCCUUGCUUACCUUGUUACUU